CAGUCUGUGGUGGGAGAACAGAUAUAUACAGAGAGAUGUGUCGAGUAAUGCAAAUAUCAGCUAAUAAUCAAUUCACAUUAUUACUAUAUUUGUGCAGAACAUCCGGCAGCAUGUCCUGUGUGCCACAUACAUGGGGUUUUCCAUUGCAGUAGACACUUAAUCAUUAUAACCUCCUCUCCCCCGUGGAUGCACCAGUCUUGUUCUUUUCUUUUAUAGAAUACAAAUGAAUCCGAUGUUUUAUCACCAACAAUCCUUGUACAACGUCCCCUUUAUUGCCAGAGUCUGUCAGGAGAGAUAAAGGUGUCUCCUACUGGAUACACCAGAACACACAGAUCCCCCAUGUCCAACUCUAUUUCUCUGUAGAUGUAAAGUAUAUUCAGCACUGUGGCUCUGCCUCAACUGCUUGUAUUUAUGACCCAACCGACACUUAUAAAACCUGCUUAUUGUCGACUUUUGUAGAAACAGAAUUUCUUAAACAUCAUGUAAACAGGCCUGCUUUAAGGGAUUAAGAACCUGAUUGGUAAACACCAACAGAUUUGAUUGGAUAAACCUGAUUUCUUAACAAUCUAUUAGAGCUGCAACAAUUAGUUGUUUAAUCAAUUAGUCGCCAGUUAUUGAGGUCAUUUGGAGUAUGUUUUUAAGAAAAAAAGUCCAAAUAUUCUGAUUCCAGCUUCUCAAAUGUGACUAUUUUCUGAGAUUGACACAUUGAGAAUUGCCGGUCCACCUUAAAAGUCAGUCCACCUUAAGUUAGCCUGUUAAGCUAACGCGUUGUUGCUAACACUUCGGGGCUAACCCCCUUCGAUAGAUGAGCAUUUUCUUUGUCUUGAGGAGCUGCAGCAUUUAUUAACUGACACACUGUGGUCUCUACAUUUACUACCAGACCGACAAUUUACCACUAAACUUUUCCUCCGCUCGCGCUCACGUCACGUUUCCGCCGCUCGCGCAACUACACACCCACAUUUACACACACACGCACUGCCUUAUGCCUUAACAGAGCAACGCUACUCUAUUCAUUCAGGGCAAUACAGGGGAAACACUUAGUUUAGUCCGGUAAAUGUCAACACAUCUGCUGGUUAACCAGGUUUCCUGUUUGCUUGUGAAAAACAUGCUGACUUACAAACAUGCGGCGUGUUGACUGGGUGUUGAUGAGCGAGCUGUCUCGUCCGUGCCGCAUGAUGCUGCUGGUGAAUCCACAGAGCGGGAAAGGACAAGCGCUCUCUCUCUAUAACAACCACAUCCAGCGAAUGCUCAACGAGGCCGGAGUCCCACACACACUGGUCAUCACUGAGCGGCAGAACCACGCCCGAGAGCUGGUGAGAGAGGCUGACCUGUCGCAGUGGGACGCUUUAGUCAUCAUGUCAGGAGACGGACUUCUGUUUGAGGUGAUCAACGGUCUCCUGGAGAGAUCAGACUGGGAGGAGGCCAUCCGAACGCCGUUAGGUAUCCUUCCUGGCGGAUCAGGAAACGCCUUGGCAGCAUCUGUACAUUACUACUCCGGAUCCUCGCCGGUGUCCAGCGAGGAGCUCCUGGUCAGCUGUGGCUUCCUGCUCUGUAAAGGUCUGGUAUCCCGUAUGGACCUGGUCUCCAUCCAUCUCUCCUCCAGCCCCCGCCUCUUCUCCUUCCUCUCGCUGGCCUGGGGCUUCGUGGCCGACGUGGACAUCGAGAGCGAGAAGUACCGUCACGUGGGAGCCGCCCGGUUCACCGUCGGCACGUUGGUGAGGCUGGCUUCUCUCCGCGUUUACAAGGGCAAGCUGGCUUACCUGCCCGCCGCCGAGGACUACAACAACCGGCGCGCUUUGAGAAAUAACAGGAGACUGCACUGCAACAAUCCGGCCGCCUCCCUGUGUCCAGCCUCUCCCCUGAGCCGCCCGUCCAGAGACUCUUCCCUCCAGAACACCUUCCACAACUCCUGCCACUCCAACAACUCCCUCAAAGUGAGGAGGACGGAGGGCACGCCUUCCCGGAGCGCCACCAAAGCCCUCGCUGGCCCGCCGGACACCCUGCUGCUGCCUCUGGACCAGCCGCUGCCCAGCGACUGGGUGGUGGUCCCGGAGGAAGACUUUGUCCUCAUGCUGGCUAUGUACCAGUCCCACCUGGCGGAGGACCUGCUGGCAGCACCGGACGCCAUCUUGGACGACGGCGCCAUCCAUCUUUUCUACGUUAGAGCAGGAAUAUCCCGCACCGCGCUGCUGAGGCUGUUCCUAGCCAUGGAGAAAGGUGCACAUCUGGCUACAAACUGUCAACAUCUGGUGCACACUAAGGUGCGGGCGCUCAGGCUGGAGCCGCAUUCGCCCAAAGGGAUAAUAACAGUAGACGGGGAAGUGGUGGAAUACGGGCCGGUGCAAGCUGAAGUGCACAGAGGGCUGGCGAGAUUAAUCACUGGAUGAACUGAAGCUUUCAUCUCUGCUGUUUUAACGGCUGAUGACGUGGAAUCAAACAAACCCGAGAAACACAUUUUUAGCGUUUCAAAUCAGAAAUGUUCAGGUACAGAAGCAAAGACGAGGACGUAAGACUGAUUCACUUUCAUCUGCUGCUGUUCUGCUCUCAGCGGUACAAAGAAAACUCACAAUUCAUCAGAAAACGUUGUGAUGUACAAGAAACAAGCGAUAUGUAUGGAGAACCAAAGUGCUCAAUAUUAAAUAAAUAAGGUAUUUUCAAAAUAAAUCAUCUAAUAAACGCAGACAAAAUAAAUAAUAUAAAUGAUCAAAUACAUUUCUCAAACUAGUUUAAUGUCAUUCUCAUUUCAAAAUACAUUUUCUCAAUGAUCGUUUUAUUUCAAAAUGAUUGUAGAGCUGCAACGAUAAGUCCAUUAACUGAUAAUUUGAGCGACACGAUAUUAAUCAGCAACUAUUUUAUUUUUUUAAGGAAAAUUUGGUGGUUGCAGCUUCUGAAAUAUGAGGAUUUUUACACUCAUACGUGUCAAACAUGAUGGUGAACAUGACAUUUGUAGAUGUCACCUUGAGCUCUAAUCAAUAAUAGGUCAAAUAAUCUGUAGUGGCAGUUUAUUGGCUGUUAAUUUUGUCCCUACGGAGCAGACAGCCAAUCACACAACUGACUCUGCUCUGUUUGUCUGGAGCUGAAAAGUGGCAUCGUGAUAUAAAACCACUUAAAACUUGAUUUUAAAUCAAAGAAUUUCUCUAUAAAAUAAAAGAUUCAAGACUAAAUAAACAAGCUGUGAUCACAUUUUGAUUUGAACUCUUGAUUGGUGCAGGGAGAUAGGUGACAUCAUCUUUUUUUUCCAGCUUAGUCCCGCCCACUUCCAACCAGUGAGAAGAGCACAAAAACAAAAACCCACAAAUCUCUUGUGAAAUAACCAAAACUGUUCAAACAUCAGUUGAUGAUGUAGGAACUCGUUGUUCAGAGC